AUGGUGUCCGGAGUAAAAACAUGUGAGCAUCUGGCCUGGGGUGUGGUGGUGCAGUGGGCGCCGCCCACCAAACGCACCCUGCAGGCGGCCGCCGGUAUCAUUACCGACCAGUGGUCCUCUCUACACCAGCCCACCUACACAUUGGUGGUCCUGUGUACACCAGCCCACCUUCACACUGGUAGUCCUGUGUACACCAGCCCACCUUCACACUGCGGUAGUAGCAGCACCUCUGAGUCUAGCGGUAGUAGCAGCACCUCUGAGCCUAGCGGUAGUAGCAGCACCUCUGAGUCUAGCGGUAGUAGCAGCACCUCUGAGCCUAGCGGUAGUAGCAGCACCUCUGAGUCUAGCGGUACUAGCAGCACCUCUGAGCCUAGCGGUAGUAGCAGCACCUCUGAGUCUAGCGGUAGUAGCAGCACCUCUGGGCCUAGCGGUAGUAGCAGCACCUCUGAGUCUAGCGGUAGUAGCAGCACCUCUGAGCCUAGCAGUAGUAGCAGCACCUCUGAGCCUAGCGGUAGUAGCAGCACCUCUGAGCCUAGCAGUAGUAGCAGCACCUCUGAGUCUAGCGGUAGUAGCAGCACCUCUGAGCCUAGCAGUAGUAGCAGCACCUCUGAGCCUAGCGGUAGUAGCAGCACCACUGAGCCUAGCGGUAGUAGCAGCACCUCUGAGCCUAGCAGUAGUAGCAGCACCUCUGAGCCUAGCGGUAGUAGCAGCACCACUGAGCCUAGCAGUAGUAGCAGCACCUCUGAGCCUAGCAGUAGUAGCAGCAGCACUGAGCCUAGCAGUAGUAGCAGUACCUCUGAGCCUAGCAGUAGUAGCAGCACCACUGAGCCUAGCAGUAGUAGCAGCACCACUGAGCCUAGCAGUAGUAGCAGCACCACUGAGUCUAGCAGUAGUAGCAGUACCUCUGAGCCUAGCAGUAGUAGCAGCACCUCUGAGCCUAGCAGUAGUAGCAGUACCUCUGAGCCUAGCAGUAGUAGCAGUACCUCUGAGCCUAGCAGUAGUAGCAGCACCACUGAGCCUAGCAGUAGUAGCAGCACCUCUGAGCCUAGCAGUAGUAGCAGUACCUCUGACCCUAGCAGUAGUAGCAGUACCUCUGACCCUAGCAGUAGUAGCAGCACCACUGAGCCUAGCAGUAGUAGCAGCACCACUGAGCCUAGCAGUAGUAGCAGCACCUCUGAGUCUAGCAGUAGUAGCAGUACCUCUGAGCCUAGCAGUAGUAGCAGCACCUCUGAGCCUAGCAGUAGUAGCAGCACCACUGAGCCUAGCAGUAGUAGCAGCACCUCUGAGUCUAGCGGUAGUAGCAGUACCUCUGAGCCUAGCAGUAGUAGCAGCACCACUGAGCCUAGCAGUAGUAGCAGCACCUCUGAGCCUAGGAUGGGUCAGGAACCAGCCAAGGAGGAGCCUAGUGAUCGGGAGGUGUGA